UUGUUUGCCACGGGCUACAGGCGGCAGACAAAUGCAACGCAUCAGUCUCGCCAUUUUCCCUUUCGACUGCAUGUCGUUCAGCUAUCUAAAACGGCCAACCGUUUCUCUGCUGGGCAACCGGCAGCGAUAACGGUAUAUACAAGAAACGAUUUCAACUUCAAAACAUUUUUCAAAAUGAUUUUUGCGGUAAUGGGUUUUUGUACGUGGGUUUAUAUAAUGGCAGGAAAACUGCGGAGAAAGCGACUGCUGCUGUGAUGGAAAUCAAGUUAUAUGCCAGCGCUAUAUAAGUCCGUCGCUAUCUUAGUCGUUCACUCACAUUCAGUCAGAAACUAAAACAGACACCACAACCAGCACCGCACCGAGCCUUUGCAACAUGAAUUUUCUCAACAAGAGAAAUAACGCAGUGGCUGUAGCUUGCCUGGUUUUAUUUCAGCUAGGCUGCAGUUACUCCAGUCCGGUUCGUUCACCUCGUACGUCUGCUUUGAAAUUACGCAACAUACUGGCCAACAUUCAACGAGUUCCUCGCAGCGAUCAAGAUGAUCACCUUAUUCCUAAUGAUGAGAAUGGAGCUGAUGUUUCAGUGACUCCUGGCCAAUCCUUCCUACCGACGACUGCUGAGGGCGUUCCCUUAGAUGAACCGGAAGCAAUUGAUAACACUGGCCCAAUCGGAAAUUAUCCAGACUCACCUGAGGGUCAGAUCUCACCUGAUGGGUCUGACGAGACCGAGUUUCCAGCACUGCCAACAGAUGUCGACAGCGGAUUACGCAAUUCAGAUUCAGUUGAAACUGUGACGUCAUCUAAUGUUCAAGAGCCAAUUCAGAAGCUGGAGGAUCCUUCCUAUUCCAAGUUUCUUCCAGAACAAGAGCUUCCGACUACAUCUGAACUCUAUCAUUCACCAACUGCGGAAGCACCUUUUAAUCCAGCGGAACUUCCGUUAACGUAUCCAAUUGUACGUGUCCCGGAGGGUCCAUCAGCCAUACCCAUCACCGUUGCCGAUUUGCCUCUGGAGACCAUCUUACCAUCCACGGCAGCACUCCCAGAGAAAGAGGAAAUCAGUUCCUCAUUACCGGAAGCUCCCGAUCAGUCAGCAAUCAUUGCGCAACAAGGGAACAACGUUGGCGCUCUUCCGCUGGAGUUGGAUGCCAAAACGCAAACAGCGUCGUCUUCCUUUGGCGUCGAUCCGUCCAAAUAUCAGCCAAACAAUUCGUACGAUCUGAUCACUACAGACAAUCCAAAUGAAAAGGUCAGUAACUCUUCCGGCCGUCCGAUCGAAUCUCGUUUGAGGGAGCUGGGCUUCCCUCCCAUAUCCAACACGCAAGACAAUUUUGGUGUUCAAGUCAAUUGGGCUGAAUUCAGGUAAUUCGGCUUCAAUCCGUCCGUCAUGUGCCCUCUUUUUUUAACUAUUUGGUGUCAAAUUCUCUUCAUUUUUAUACUAUUCAACUGAAUUCGAAUAAAUAAACGGUAGAUUGAUAAAUA